AAAACUUCCAUUCCACCACCGCGCACCGCUACUGCAGCGUGAACGCAGCUGGCCACCACUGCAUCAUAGUUUUUUAUUGUUGUUUGUUUGCUUUUGUACAUCAAAAAGUUUUGCGAGGGGCGUUUUACAAAGUUUGUGUGGUGUGCGCGGCACUUUUUCUGCGCUUAUUUGGUCCACAGUGCUCAAACAUAACUCAAUGAGGGUCGUCUCGAACUGUGGCAGUUUUGGCAACUGAACUUCAAGAAAGCCAUGGGAGCCGGAGAUUUGUGAGACCUUCUGUUGAACUGUCAUAUGAGAUCCAGUCGGAGCACAAAUACUUUUAAUUAUGGAAAGCGCGGCACAUGAAAAUGCGACACUGGAAAUAUCACUGCACGAAGAGGGCAUCGCAUCCCAAGGCCGAAAUAAACCUUCCCCAAGCUUUGUGUCCAUAGACAUGGACAUGGAAUCUGAUCCAGAAAUUCGUCCGUUGGUCACCUUCAGAGAAAAACUUAGCGCAGUCUUGCAUUCCACGAAGUUUCAGAUUGCAAUUGUGGUACUAGUCAUCAUCGACUGCUUGCUUGUAGUCACAGAACUGCUCGUUGAAGUUGAAAUACUCAAGCUCCACGAAAAAAGUCACAUUGUCCCGAAGGUGAUCCACUAUUUGAGCAUAACAAUCCUCAGCCUCUUUCUGGUUGAAAUUGCAGCCAAAUUGUACGCAUAUCGUCUGCGCUUCUUCAAGCACAAGAUGGAGAUGUUUGAUGCAGUCGUCGUCAUAGUCUCUUUUGCACUCGAUGUUGCCUUUAGAAACCCUGAUUCUGGAGCCAACGCUGGUGGACUCAUUAUUGUGCUGAGGUUAUGGCGUGUUGCCAGACUGCUAAAUGGCAUUGUGAUGACAGUGAAGAGCCAAGCAGAGCAUCGUCUAGCUCGUGAAGUCAAGCUACGUGAAAAAGUGCUGCAGGACUUCCUGAAAAGCAGGGACUACUGCAAUGCCUUAGAACAAGAAAUUGCAUCUUUACGAAAGAUCUUAGAGAGCAGCGGAAUUCACGAUCUUCCCCCUACUGCUGUAGAAAUGGACAAUGACAAAGACAGCAGAGUUCAUAAGAGUACCUUGCAAGUUCACUGACAUUCGCACAGGCGUUGUGCACUUGGAUUACCUUAUAACAAAAUCAAAUGCAAAUUGUUACUGCUAAAUUAUAUCCAGUACCUUGCCACAACUGCAGGGUUACCUUGUGCAGAUAUUGGAAAUCACUUUACCGCUGUGAAAAGCAGCUGCACACUAGGCUGGAAAAAUAAUUAUUCGCAAAGCAGCUUUUUUUUUUCUUCUCAUUAACAAGCAGUAUUAUGGUUUACGUGUAUACUUCUAAAGUGGUUCAUAGACUGGUACAUAUCCACCAGUAAGCAGUAGUUGUGUUUAAUGGCAAGCAUGUAAAGCAGAAUUUCUUCAAGGGUCACGCAGUACAAUUGUUGCAAUUAUUGAAUCUUCCAUUGGCGCUUGAAAUGGUACUGUUUGCUUCACACUGUCUAUUUUGCUUACCAGCAGCACACACAAUCCUCAAUUUCUGUGCUUUUUUCCUUGUGCAAUGCUAUACAUGUACUCAGUUUCUUGGCAAUUGGCAGUGUAAUUACAUGCAGCAAAAUUAAAACAGUGUUUUUCUUUUAAUCACUGAUUUAGUUUUUGUUGUAUGUGUACAUGUGUUAAACAUACUUUACUUUAUAUGCAUCUAUUUUUUCUAUGAAAUUUUAUGCAGUAGCGUGCUUUAUUAUAAUACAUAUACUUUGAAUGCAAUAUCAUAUCAAUUAUCCAGCGGUCUGUUUUCAGUACACAAGGUUGGGCUUAUUUAUAUUAUGCGCAGGAACUCUUUAUACUGUUGUUUUCACUUUUAUUGUUGAAAAUUCCAUUCAGGUACUAUACUUUAUUUCGUUGAGGCUUUUCUCUGCCCUUUUUUAAUGUUGGGUGUACAACUGUCACCACAGAAACAAACACAGGUGUUUAACUGUUACUGAAAAAAAAAGUUUGUGGUUGCAUUACGUGUGUGAUUUUUCUAACAAUAUUUGUGGUGCCACGUGGAAGUCAUAUAUGUUACUAUUUAUGUGGUCAUGUUGAUAUGUAUUAUACCGACGUUGUACUCAUAUAUUUGUUUUCUAUAGCACAAAUUUAUGGAUGCCAAGCACGAAUAAAAUGUGCAGAAAGUACA